CGUAGCUAUUAGAGGCUGCAUGGUUUGCUUCAAAAAAACACACACUAAUCACUCUCACAAACACUCAUACCAUUUUAGCAACUAACUUUUGCUUCCAAUCAGCCAUGACUCGCUGUAGUGCUCCGCCCUCAUCAUCGCCGCCGAGGCCAACACCUAUUCCGGCCAAAUUCUGGCGUGCAUGUGCUGGAAUCUCUGCACAGGCACCAGUAGUGAACUCUAGGGUUUACUACUUUCCACAGGGACACAUCGACCAAGCUGCUUCGCAACCGCGAAACCUUUCACCUCUAGUUUACUCCAGGCCGGUCAUCCCUUGCCGUGUCGCCGCCGUCAACUUUUUCGCGGACCCUAAGACCGACGAGGUCUUCCUCAAGAUUCUUCUCCUUCCUGUCACCGAUGGAUCCGCUCAGGAUUUUCUUCCACCUGCCGUGGCCGCCGAAGGCAGCGGCAACGGCAAUGGUGACGAUGAAAAGGUUGAGUCGUACGCCAAGAUUCUCACGCGGUCCGAUGCGAAUAAUGGCGGAGGGUUUUCGGUGCCGAGAUCCUGUGCGGACUUGAUCUUCCCGCCGUUGAACUUUGAAGAGGACCCGCGUGAGACGCUUCGCAUAACCGACCUCCACGGCGCCGUUUGGGAGUUUCGCCACAUCUACCGCGGGACGCCGAGACGGCACCUCUUCACUUCUGGCUGGAGCAAGUUCGUUAACAGCAAGAAGAUUAUCUCUGGCGAUACUGUGGUCUUCAUGAAGGACUCCGAUGGCAGGAUGUUUGUCGGAAUCCGCCGCAAUAUGUCGUCAGACGACGGUAUCUCAGACGGCGGAUUGGAUUGGUUAGCAACGAUAGUUGGGAUGGACGAGGGGGAAAAGGAAAAAGAAGAGAAAAAUGAAGAGGUGAUAAUGGAAGGGUUUGCAAGAAACGGGAAGGGGAGGGUGAGUUCGGCUUCAGUGGCGGAGGCGAUGGAGCUGGCGGCCCAGAACAAGCCGUUCGAAGUUGUUUACUAUCCAAGCGUGGGUUGGGGGGAGUUUGUGGUAAAGGCAGAGGAUGUAGACGUGAAGAUGAAUGGUAUUUUCUGCAGUGUUGGGAUGAGAGUGAAGAUGGCCAGAGAGAACUACGAUUCUUCACGGAUGACUUGGUUUCAGGGAACAGUUUCUGGUGUUACUGUUCCCGGUGAAGCUCAACCAUGGAGCGGUUCUCCUUGGCGCAUGCUUCAGGUAUAACAUU